AUGACGUCGAUGGCCUCGGAAUCCGUAGCAACCAUCCUCUGCAACUCCAAGCAGACGCGCUUCCAAAUCACCAACUACCGUGAGCUCGACAUUGAAGGUGUCACCAUCACUGUCACCUCGGGUGAGAAGCCCGUUGGCAAGGGUAAAGGCAAGGCUAGAGGUGAAGGCAUCGAGAUCCUUGCUGGCGCCAAGCUGCGACUGAAGGAGGGUCAGCGCUAUGCCCUCGUAGGCCGGAAUGGAACGGGAAAGUCUACCUUGCUCAAGGCUAUUGCCGAAAAGCUCAUCCCCGGCAUACCUGAGGAGACCCGAAUUGCUAUCCUCCAGCAGACGAAACUUGUGGAUGAGAAGCCCAAGGGCACGUCAGAAGCUGGCAAUGAAGGCCUAUCCGUUCUCGAGCAGGUGAUCGAGAAGGCCACAGCCAAGCAGGCCGUUGAACAGGACAUCAAAGAUCUUUCCGAGGGUGUAAACGCCCCUGACCCAUUUGCUCCUGUUCGAGCUCUUAGACGACUCAAACACCAGAAGCACCAGCAGCGCCUCUUCCGUCUCGAUAAAGAUGCUCGGCUUCGCAGUGGUGCCCGUGGCAUGCAGGCUCGCAAGGCUUUGACGGCCUACGAAAAGGUCGUGGCCGAGUCAAACACUCUGCUCGAGCAGUCGAACGAGGAUAUUUCGCCAGAGGCUCUCCAAGCUGAAACGCAGGAGGCUGUAGACAUGCUCGCUGAUCUUCAAAUCCAAGUUGACCCAGCUCGGGUUUCAGAGAUCGAGUCACAGGCCAAGAAGAUCCUCACCGGUCUGGGCUUUAGCGAUGCCCUCAUGGAGAAGCCAAUAUCGAGUCUCUCGGGCGGUUGGCACAUGCGAGCUGCUCUGGCAACCGCUCUAGUCCAGGAAACCGACAUCCUCAUCCUGGACGAGCCCACAAACUUCCUCGACCUGCUUGGAAUUAUGUGGCUUCAGCGCUAUCUUCAAGGCCUUGAAGAGUCGGACCAGGCCCCGACUCUCAUUCUCGUCUCCCACGAUCGCGACUUCAUCUCACUUUGCACCGAUUUACUUAUACUCAAGGACAAACAGCUCACCUAUUUUCAUGGAGACUUGCCCACCUAUGAAGCAUCGCAGUCUGAGCGCAAACAAUGGCUCACCAAGAUGAAGGACGCCCAGGACAAGCAAAAGGCUCACAUCGAAAAGUCCAUCGCCGCCAACAUCAAAGCUGGCAAGGCCAACGAUGAUACCAACAAGCUCCGCCAGGCAAAGUCGCGACAGAAGAAGCUCGAUGAUCGCUGGGGACUGCAGGUCAGUGCCAAAGGCGGUCGCUUCAAACUCAACAGAGACCUCGUUGGCUAUCACUUGACGGCCCGCGAGGAGAUUGAUAUCCCACCCGAGGAUCGGCCUGUGGUAGUCUAUCUCCCAGAACCCCCUGAUCUGCGUUUCCCUGGGGCUCUGAUAUCCCUCGAGAAAGUUGCUUUCCGAUACUCGGCCAAGACACCUCUGGUGGUUCAAGACGUUACCCUUUCUGUCGGUAUGGGUGAUCGCAUCGGCGUACUCGGCUUGAACGGUGCAGGAAAGUCGACACUCAUCAAGCUCCUAGUCGGGGAGACGCAGCCAACCUCUGGAACUGUCACGACACAUCCUCGCUUGAAGCUUGGAUACUACUCGCAGCAUGCCGUUGAUGCGCUACAGGCCCUCGGCCGUUCAGAGCCUACCCUAACCGCCCUUGCUCUUCUCACUCGAGAAGUUGAUGGGGAACUCACCGAGGGAGAUCUCCGCGGCCUCCUGGGCCAGCUCGGUCUUCCUGGUCGCAUCGCCUCUGAUGUACCCAUUAGCAAGCUCUCUGGAGGGCAAGUAGUCCGCUGCGAACUUGCGCGCCUUUUCUGGCGUCGUCCACACUGUCUCGUGCUUGAUGAGGUGACUACUCAUCUUGACUACGAAACAGUGACAGCUCUGCGGGAGGCGUUGAGGGACUGGGAAGGCGCUGUAAUCCUAGUGAGCCACGACCGAUGGUUCAUGCGUGGUGCGGUUGAAGGUGCGAUGGAGGAUGAAGAAGACGAUGAGGACGAAGAUGAGGAAGAGGAGGGCUUGAGAAGGCGGGUGGUGUAUCGGCUGAAGGGAGGCAAGAUGAGCAAGCUGGAGAACGGAGUGGAAGAGUUUGAGAAACUCAUGGAGAAGAGGGUCAAGAAGCUGCUGUAA